GAACGAAUGGGCGCGAGCCCUUCGCAUGCUCCGAACCUUGGAGCAACAAAGGCUGGAGAAGACGUGGUUGUCACUGGAACCGACUUCGAAGCUUAUCCAGGGUCGGCUGCAGCCAGAUAUCUGCGCACAUCAAACGAGGCCACUGGACUGCGCCCGAGACUUGCAGAACGAAGCUCCGAGGAGGCAUUUCUUCCACCUCGCAGCAGGUCUGAGCGGACGCCAGCGGUGGCGCCGUGCGCUGGUGCUCCUGGCAUCGAUCAUGAAUUGCGAGAGCGCUCGCGCCGCCAGCUCUUGCGCCGUGAAUGCCAACGUGGUGGAACUCGAGUCUACAUGGGAGGAGGCGAGGACGAGCGAGACCUGGAUUCUUCUGGAAGGUCUGCUCUGGCGCCACGGCGCCGCAUCAAAAAAGUCUCAGUGGGUUGCGGUUUUGAGGAAUCGAGGGUUGAAGACCUUGGCAUCGGAACACUUCUGCCAGGCCCUGGGGCGACAGCUCAUUGAGAUCCAGAAAGAAUGGCGAAGGCUGGAAGAGAAGCGGAAUCAGAUCCCCAGCGAAGACGUCAUUCGGAGAACCAAUCUUCUGCUGCGGCUGGGGCGUGCAAAUUCGCAUCCAGAGGGCCAGGGAACACCGGCUCUCAGUCUCAGCGGUGUGGGCUCGCCCUACCCUGGUCAUCUCCUGGUGGUGCAGCCAGCCGAGUUUUGGAGGCUUCAGGAGGUCUUUCCAUGCAUCGGAUUCCGGAUCCUCUGA